UGUAGUUUUGUUUGUUGUUGUUCGGUUUUGUUCUGUGCGUUGCGUUGUUGUCGUCGAUCCUAACUCAGUUGCUGUGGUGUCAAUAAAAUAUCCUUAAUGGUGCUUGUUUAUUUGUAAUAGUUGAUAAUCGGCUGCUAUCCAGCAUGAAGUGAUAGUGUGUUCAGUCGUAUCAUCAAUUGCAGGAGAUGUGUGGAUUAACAUUAAUAUGGGUUUUAUGUUGGCUGAUACCACUACUGGGUGCGGAGGAGCUGGGAGAGGCGUUCUUCAAUGGCACAGGCUAUGUGAGGAUACAGCGGCCACUUACAUUGUACCCAGGCCUACACAUGGGUCUCAGCUUUCGCACCUGUCAGGGAGGACAACUGUUUGUACAGAGCAACCGACAGUACACCUUCAGUCUUGAGGUGAUGAACAAGGAAGGUCUGAGGUUCCAAGUGAGCCAUUCCACCGGUCACAUGUACGAUGCAAGACUGAAGGAUGUGUUCAACAACAACCAGUGGCACUACGCAGCCAUCAUGCAUCAGAUUGAGAACAUCACACUGUCGGCGGGACAUCACCAAGUGGUCAUUGCCAACUCCACACUAAACAGAGAGCUGCUCAUGUCUGAUCCUGUGAUGGCUGAUGACGAAGGCUACCUUCUCGUAGGCAGUGGGUUUGUCGGCUGCAUCAAGGAGGGUCCCAACGUCGUGCUGCAUGAGCGUAGCUCUCGUGUCACCUUCCAGAACGUAGAGUUUGGGAAGUGCCCUCUCACGCUGUGUAGCCCCGAGGACAGGUGCCACAAUCAGCCCUGCAUGACGCAUGGUGUGUGCAUUACUCGUCCAGACAACUAUUACUGCCAGUGUAAUGCGAGGUUUAGCGGCCGCAACUGCGAGGUGGACCAUGGUCCUCCCUGUCUCAAGAAGCCUUGUCAGAACGGAGCUCAGUGUGAAGAGGACAGCGUGGGCAACUACAAGUGUAUCUGUCCUCCGGGGUUCAUAGGCAAGCAUUGUGAGACCCAAGUAAGUGGAAGAGUGUGUGAGAACAACCCCUGUCAGAACAACAGCACUUGCAUCGUCAGCCAGACUGCCAACACCUACGACUGUCUCUGUCUUAAAGGUUUCACAGGCAAAGAUUGUGAGAUCAACAUUGACGAGUGCCUGUCACAGCCUUGCCAGAACGGAGGCAUCUGUGUGGACGAAAUUGACAACUACACUUGUAACUGUGGCAGCACAGGAUACAAAGGACGACAUUGCGAAGAAAACAUUAACGAAUGCGAGGAGACACCUUGUCUCAACCAAGGCCAGUGUUUCGACACUUACGGCAGCUACUCGUGCGAGUGUGUCAGUGGAUUUACGGGACAGAACUGUGAGAUUAAGGUGCAGAGCUGCAGCAAGUGGCCGUGUCACAACGGAGGUACGUGUGAAGACAUGGCUCAUGGGUUCAGAUGUGUGUGCCCCGCCGGCUAUACGGGGGUGUACUGUGACAUCAUCACCAGUGUCGGGGGCCCUGCCAACACUGACUGCUACGACAAGCCUGGUGGAGUACAGUGCUUCUGCAAACCUGGCUUCACAGGGCCACCCUCUGCCUGCAAGCCUAUUGAUGCCUGUCUCAGCGUGCCUUGUCACAACGGAGGCACCUGCACAGCCGCAGCGACUGGUGAAGGGUUCAGCUGCACCUGCGUACCAGGUUACACAGGUGCGACUUGCCAGACCAACAUAGAGGAGUGUGCGUCAAUGCCUUGCCAGCACGGAGGCUUGUGUACAGACCUGGUCAACGGCUACCAUUGUGACUGUACUCCUGAGUAUACAGGAGCCAGCUGUGAGAUCAGACGAGACCCGUGCAGCUCCACACCUUCACCUUGUCUCAACAACGGCACAUGCCAGCCACGUGGCUCACGCGACGGCUACUACUGCGAGUGUCUGCCUGGUUUCGAGGGUCUUCACUGUGAGAACAACAUCAACGAGUGCUACAAGGCAGUGUGUCCCGAGGGCCGAGUAUGUGUUGAUGGUGUCAACUCCUAUGAGUGUCAGUGUCCGCCAGGGUUGACGGGAGACAACUGCUCUCAGGAACUACCCAUGGCCAAGUGUCCCCCUGUCAACCCGUGCCAGAACAACGGCACGUGCCGUGACGGACCCUCACACUACACCUGCGACUGUCCUCCUGGCUGGAGAGGUCCUUUUUGUACUGAGGAUGUUGAUGAAUGUACUGAAAACAAAAACAUCUGCAACAAUGGCAUCUGUCUCAACAACCAAGGUGGCUUUGAAUGUUUCUGCCGUCCCGGUUACUCCGGAGAGCGUUGUGACUUGGACUUUGACGAGUGUCUGUCUCACCCCUGUGAGAACAACGCGACAUGUGUAAACAAAGUGAACGGCUUUAGCUGCAACUGCCCACCUGGUUUCACAGGUCUGGUGUGCAGUGUAGACAUCAACGAGUGUGACAGUAACCCAUGUCAGAACGGAGCCACUUGUAUGGAUCAGCUGGGUCACUUCCUCUGUGUCUGUCCUGUGGGUAUAACCGGUCAGCUGUGUGAGACCAACAUAGACGACUGCGAGUCCAUGCCCUGUCAGAACGGUGGAGCUUGUAUUGACGGCAUCAACAGCUACUCUUGCAACUGCACGGACACUGGAUUUGAGGGUAAGCAGUGUGAGAUCAACAUAGACGACUGCCUAUCCCAGCCUUGUAUGAACGGAGGCCAGUGUGUGGACGGUGUGAAGGACUACCAGUGCCGCUGUCACCCAGGCUAUACAGGCAAGAACUGUGAAGAAGACAUCAACGAGUGUGAGAGCAACCCCUGUCAGCUGAAUGGUACGUGUUACGAGCUGUCCAACCAGACGUACUACCAGCUGAGUGGUGUGGACUCGUCUUUACCUGCUGUGUUUCAUCAGCAGUUCUCACACAGCACAGCCUCUGGAUAUACUUGUGUGUGUGUUCCCGGUACGACAGGAGAAAACUGUGAGAUAGACAUUAAUGAGUGUGAAAGCAACCCUUGUGUCAAAGGCAACUGUAUCAACGACAUCAACAAGUACCACUGCGAGUGUGAUGAUGGCUUUGAAGGAGUCAACUGUGAAAUAGAGAUAGACGAGUGUGAGAGAUACAAGCCUUGUGUACAUGGGACAUGUGUGGAUCUCACAGCCAACUACAACUGUCAGUGCCAACCUGGCUACGGAGGCAAGAACUGUUCUGUGGAGCUGACGGGCUGCAAGGAGAACCAGUGUCUCAACAACGGCAGCUGCAAGCCGUACUUGGAGAACGAGAGUAAACAGCUCUUCAACUGUUCCUGCACCAACGGCUAUCAUGGCCACAUUUGUGACAAGCCGACGACAAUGUCACUGAACGGAACGUCAUACGUGAUGAUCAACACCAGCAGAGAGGAAGGAUAUGACAUUCAGUUCCGCUUCAAGACCACGCUGCCUAAUGGACUCCUGGCGAUCGGCAAAGGUCCGACCUUUUACAUUCUACAAUUGCAGCAUGGUCGUCUCAAUCUGCAAAGCUCCAUUCUCAACAAACUGGAGGGAGUGUUCAUUGGCUCAGGACUCAACAACAGCUCCUGGCAGAAGGUGUUUGUUGCCAUCAACGCGUCUCACUUGGUCCUGGCUGCUAAUGAGGAACAGACCAUCUACCCCAUCAGCAUCAAUGAGGCUGCCAACACGAGCCACACCAGUUUCCCCACCACAUACCUCGGUGGCACUGUGGUUAACCUGUUCAGACUCACCUAUCUACAGCAGGGGCCGCGGGCUCCGUCAUUUGUGGGUUGUGUGCAGGACGUUGUGGUCAACGGACAGUGGGUAUUGUCCAAUGAGAGCCAGAUGCAGCCCCAUGUGAUGUUGAAGGACAUAGAGGUAGGGUGUGCUCGUACACCUCAGUGUGAGCCCAACCCUUGUCAGAGCGGAGGUCACUGUACAGACAUGUGGAGGACAUUCAGCUGUGCCUGUACAAGACCCAACCUGGGCGACAAGUGUGAAUACAAUUACACUGCUGCCACCUUCUGGAACGAAAACGUUGAGCCGUCCCCCGUGGUGGUAACACUAAGUCAGGCAGCACGCAAGGCUGUACGCAACAUUGUGGACAUAUCUAUGUUCAUCCGUACUCGACAGGCGCAGGGAGGUAUCUUCUACCUGGGGUCGAAGCCGUCAAUGUCGCCAGGUGAGGCUAUGGUGAUAGCACACUUGGCAGGGGGAGAGCUCCAGGUACAGAUACAGUUCAAUGGCACCUCAGAGGGCUAUGGCAUCCCUGGCAGCAAACUGGAUGACGGCUACUACCAUCUCAUACAGGUGGUGCGCAACUACACGCUGGUCCAGAUCAAGAUCAACGGCACAGAGUACGUACGGAAGGCUAUUGGAGCCAGUGGCCAGUUAGACCUGCAGACCUUGUACCUGGGUGGGCUGCCGGAGAUAAUGUUGCCCCAACAACACUCUCGCAUCACACGACAAGCCUCUCUGCGCUCCAAGGACCCUGUACCUCCUGCGUACUUCAAGGGGGUCAUACAGGAUGUGCAGGUGAGCAACGGGUCACAUGUGAUGAUCGCAGAGUUCUUCCCCCUGGAAGAGACGGAGGGAGCGCUGGACCUGCCAAUGUCACUGGGUACAAUGGAGAUUAACACUACAUCAGUGUUGAGAGGGGUUGUGUCAGACGACGCUUGCAACAACACACCCUGUCAGAACAACGGCACCUGCCACGUCACUUGGAACGACUUUGAAUGUGACUGCACAGUCGGGUUCAAAGGCAAGCGGUGUGACGAGAUGGAGUUCUGUAAGAUCACGGACUGUCCGGCCGGCAGUCGGUGUCAGAACCUGGUGUCCGGCUACGAGUGUGUGGCCAACGUCACACUGACAGGCAACACCACGGGUCUGCAGUACAAGCUGGCGCGGGGAGAUCACAGCAGUGCUCUGGACACUGUUAGUGUUACGUACCGCACACACGAGGGCGGCACAUUGCUGCACAUAGUCGGCCAUCACACGCCUCACAAGUACUUCACCAUCUCUACCAACGCUGACACGGUGGAGAUUGCGUGGAACUUUGAGAAGGACAACAAGGUGUUGCACCUGAAGAAGGAGUCUCAGGACGGGGACUGGGCGACAGUGCUGCUCAAGAUGGACGCCCAGCUGACAGGUGGACUGGAGGGGGCGUUAGAGGACACGCCACAACACCUCACUCCGACAAACUUCUCCAUCGUGGAGUGGCACGAGCUUAUAGCUAAUGCUGACAUAUUUAUAGGUUCAGAAGGUGGGAAUGAGUUGCUGUCUAACAAGAACACUUAUAUCACAGACGAACAGAACAACGAGGUUAGCUCGACUUACGAAAGUACCAAGAGGCCUUACAAGGGGUGUAUUGGAGAGGUACGAAUCGGAGGCCUUCUGUUGCCGUACUUCUCACCAGACGAGCUCAACAAGAUCAAUGAGACGUGGGACUAUUUUGCCCUGCAAGUCUCGUCUCCCCUCACCAUCGGCUGCUAUUUGUGCUUUGACUCCAACUGCAUCAACGGAGGAAGAUGUGAGGAGCCGAUGUCAUCGUACGCAUGUAACUGCUCGGCUGGCUUCACUGGACAGUUCUGUGAGACAAACAUAGACGAGUGUGUAGACAACCAGUGUGCCAACAACUCUACGUGUAUAGACCAACUGGCCAACUACACUUGUCAGUGUCUACCUGGCUACGAGGGCUGGCUGUGUGACGUCAACACAGACGAGUGUGCCAACAGUCCCUGCAUGCACGGGGGUUCGUGUGUGGACGGCCUGGCCAGCUUCACAUGUAUCUGUAGUGAGGACUAUGUGGGUGACCGCUGUGAACAAGUCAGACUCAUCACAUGUGAGAACCAGCCUUGCGAACACGGCGCCACCUGUCUCAACGGUUACAAUGACAAGACUGGUGAGAACUACACGUGUCACUGUGCACAGAACUACGCAGGCAGCAAGUGUGACAAGGCCUACUGUGAGUUGGAACAUUGUGUCAAGGGAGUAUGCAAUGCCAAUGCUGUGCCGCCAUUGUGUGAGUGUGAGCCGGGCUUUGAGGGGAAGUUUUGUGACAAGAAUAUUGACGAGUGCCGUUCCAACCCUUGUCUCAACAACGGAACUUGUAUCGACGGCAUCGCAGCCUUCGCUUGUAACUGCACCGGCACUGGUUACCAAGGAGCGCUGUGUGAGGAAGAUGUCAACGAGUGUGCGCUGCUGCCGUGCGGACCUGACGGGACUUGUGAGAACACACCCGGCAGCUUCCUGUGUCACUGCAACAACAACGCUUGUGGCGUCUACUGCAAUGCCACCAACCCUUGUUUAUACGCUCCGUGCCAGAAUGAGGGCAGCUGCAAGCAAACAUGUGUUCUCGCUGCCAGCUACGAGUGCAUGUGUCCACCAGGCUUUGGGGGUGUUAACUGUACUGAGCCGUCCAGGUUUGGAGCCAGCAAUGUAGCGGACAUUGCAUUGAUCGUCGGCCCCGUCGUGGCCAUUCUGCUGAUCGCUGCUGGCAUCAGUCUCUCUGUGUUCCUCAUGAUGGCCCGCAAGAAGCGAGCGACGCGCGGCACCUACAGCCCUUCCAGUCAGGAGUACUGCAACCCUCGUGUCGAACUAGACAAUGUCAUGAAACCUCCACCUGAGGAGCGACUUAUAUAACCUCAGUUGCGCCAUCUCAGGCCCCCUCGACAUGUACCACACUUUGCCCAGCUCACGUUAUAUCUCAUUCGAUAGGUUUUUAUCUAGUUCUAAGUCUUGUAAUUUUAGCAUUUUUUACUAUUUUUGUACAUAUUUUUAUCUUCAUAGCUGACAAUUUGUAUUUAAUUACU